CAUUCACCUUCACUCUACCGGGCUCCAGGUACUACAUAACCAUUACCAGGACGGUUCGGAACUGAAAUACGUGCUCACAUUUGCAAGCAAUCCAUUUCUUGCCCGUAACUUCAAAGCAACAUGGUUGCUGGGUAUCAGCGGCUGAAUGAAAAGAAAUCGCAACCGAAUCCUAACAUUGUCUUCAUCAAGCCUUUACAGGGCCCAGACAAGCAGAUAGCCCAGGAUUUUCUUGAGAGAAUAGCAGCACAAUGUCGUCCCAUUAUGCGAGAAAACUACCUGUACGUUACUUCUCUAGAAGAGUACGAACCAAAUCGUGAAUUCGUUGGACGAAAUUUUAACGCAGGCGAAGUCGUUCAACUCGUUCUGAAGUCGCCCAGCACUGGCCGCUGGCUACCGUUCAACUAUGUGCAGAUGGUCAUGAUGCACGAGCUGGCACAUUGCAAGCAAAUGAAUCAUUCGAGAGCAUUCUGGACCGUUCGAAACUUGUAUGCUUCUCAGAUGCACGAGCUAUGGUCCAAAAACUAUACCGGAGACGGCCUCUGGGGAAGAGGUGCCAAUCUUGCCACUGGUGAAUGGGAAAAGAAUAGCGUGCUUGCUGAUGAGGUUCUACCAGAGCAUCUCUGCGGAGGUACUUACAGAUCACGUCGCAAGAGACGGGUCAAGCCACAACUAUCUUACCAAGAACGAAAGGAAAGACGAAUCUUGAAGAAGUUUGGCAAGAAUGGGGUCGCUCUCGGUGCCGACGAAGAAGAAAAGGUCAAGUUGGAGAGUGGCAAGAAGAUCCAAGCAAAGCCUCGAGUUGCUGGAAGCAUGAGGGGACGCGAGCUCCGGGCGGCGGCGGCACUCGCUCGCUUCGAAAAGCAAAAGACAGAACCUGAGCCCAUUAAAGAUGAUGACGAGAUAGAUUCCGGGAGUGGCAGUGAAUUUGAGGAUGAGCCUGGGGAAGAUUUUAAGGGCGCUGUCGAUGUCAAUGGUAAGAAACUGCUUGAUGGGCAAGGCCGCGGCAUGGUCAAAGUCUGUGAAGACGAAGAUGCAGAUGAUCCUGGAUCCAGAGAUGAGAGUCAGGAACUUCAAAGAAUAAUUAGGGGCAUCAAGAGGGAGUCACCUAAGCCACAGGUUAUAGAACCACCUCAAGAACCUAGGUCUCAAGUUCUCAACAUCCAGCCAUUACCAUCAGCGCCACCUGCCAGUGCUAUCAAGGCAGAACCUACCAAAGAAUCUAAACAGCCUAAGAUACCAACGACAUCAAGACCUAUCAACCCGGCAAACAAUGCAAAAGCCAUAAACGAAUCCCAAGUCUCACCCCCUCAAGGUUCAGUUCAGCCAGUCACCUCGACGAGCAAUCAGGCACGCUCUGGCGGAACCUGCUCCAUGUGCUCAUACGACAACCCCAAUUUAGCACUUACAUGUGCAAUGUGUGCCAAUGUAUUGGAUUCCUCAACAACAAGCUCGUGGGAAUGUUCGAGCGACGCGUGUCAAACUACGCAGUAUCGCAAUGCUGGCGAUUGUGGAGUAUGUGGAUUGUGUGGUCAAAGAAGAACGGAGGUUGUGUAAAGCCGCAGUGAAUCAAGCCAUAUUCAUUGCGAUAGAAGAUUAUGUUUGACGAUGGAAGUCAGGUAACAUUGCUGUUAAGCAGUAGACAUGACGACUUUUUUUUUUUGGCGACGCUGAGACGCAAUUGCGUUGAAUGAUUUAUGUAGUAACGCCGCAGCACUGUAGCAGACUGAAGUCAUCAUUGGCAAUGCUGAUAAUGUUAGAGCAGUUCGCAUUCAGAGACAUGCAGCAUUAUAACAUCG